UCCACGUGCAAUCUUGCAACAGAUCGCGUUCCUCUGGCGUUCGCUGCGGGUGUGCCAAUAUCAUUCCAGAGUGCUUCGAAGAAGGGCCAUUGCCCAAAACGUCGCAUAUUAUACAUGUCAAGGAAGUGUUAUUGACGACGGUGGAGGGUUUUCUUCGUCGCAGAGGUUAAAGGUGGAAGGUUUAAGGCGGAGCCAUCGCGGAGGGCAGGGGUGGUCGGUGACGUCGCCACGCUUCGGGUAUAAAGGCGGCUGCUGCUGCAAGCUGAGCGCGCAGUCUCUCGCGAGGAGCUUUGUCACAAGUAGUCGCAAUGUCUGGACGCGGUAAAGGCGGUAAGGGGCUCGGCAAGGGAGGCGCAAAACGCCAUCGCAAGGUGCUGCGCGACAACAUCCAGGGCAUCACCAAGCCCGCCAUCCGCCGCCUCGCUCGCCGCGGCGGUGUGAAGCGCAUCUCGGGCCUCAUCUACGAGGAGACCCGCGGCGUCCUGAAGGUCUUCCUUGAGAACGUCAUCCGCGACGCCGUCACCUACACGGAGCACGCCAAGCGCAAGACCGUCACCGCCAUGGACGUGGUCUACGCCCUCAAGCGCCAGGGCCGCACUCUCUACGGCUUCGGAGGCUGAGCGCCCAUCUCUCGCACACUAAGCCAACCCAAAGGCUCUUUUCAGAGCCACC